CGGUUUUUGUAUUAAGGGCGCACGGGCGCCGCCCCUCCGUUCAAAAUUUCCAUCAAAUUUGCAUUAUAUUAUCAUUACUUCUAUUGAGAAACCGUAUCAUUUGUUUCCGAUAAAAACGCACUAAGCUGCCCAUUCGGAAUCGACUUUUAACAUGAUAUUGUUUGCAAUCCGGUAGAAUGACAGAGGGCCCGCCCUCUCCCGGGCGCCGACAAAGCAAGUGUCUAUGCUAGAAUGACAAGUAAUGUUGCAGAACGUUAUGAAUAAAGCAUUUUAAUUGGCCAUUUUUUCCUUCGGUCUUUGGGCGCACUACAUGUGCGACCCGGCCAAUUAUAUCGCAUUCUAUUUGUAUACUGUUGUGUUAUUGGACGAGUGUUCGAGAUGGCCUGUCAAUCAGACGUCAACCUAGCUAGCCUAGAACUACGAUUUACCCGCCUUGAAGAAGCUUGCGUGAAAGUGAAGAGAUUUUUAAGUAUCGAUUGUUUUUAAGAUGGCCCGACUGUUAACAGCAAAGGAAAAUUCGGUGGCUUUGUUGAAGCAAUAUCCGUUCAUCCGUCGUUCUGACGAAGAUAAGAAGAGGGUGAAAGUCCUUGGACCUGACUGUCCUGAGCUCCUCAUCAGCCAGAGCACCACCGAUCGUGGAAGGACGUACGUCAGGACCUUUUCUUCCAGUGUGUAUGGUCGCUGGAAUUGGCUUACGGGAUGCGAAGUGAGUAAUGCCCUGUACUGCUUCCCGUGUCUGUUGUUUCAAAGUCCUGGGACAGACAUUUGUUGGGUGACAUCUGGGGUGACGGACUUGAAACACCUGGGGGAGAAGUGUAAAAAGCACGAAAGCAGCAGAAGCCACCUAGACAACAGCUUGAAGCUACGCCUGUUCGGAAGGCUUAGCAUCCGGGAACAGCUUGAUGAAGGCUACAGAGUUGGAAUUAGAAAACAUAACGAGGAAGUGACAAAGAAUCGGCACAUUUUGUCACGAAUAAUUGACUGUGUAAAAUUCUGUGGGGCAUUUGAAUUGGCGUUGCGUGGACACGACGAAAGUGCGGACUCAAACAACCCAGGCGUCUUUCUCGGCUUGGUCGACUUUGUUGCCUCAAUUGACAGCACACUGAAAGAGCACUUGGAGACAGCAACUGUAUUUAAAGGCACCUCAAAAACGAUACAGAACGAACUGCUCGAUUGCAUGUUUUCCGUGGUGAGGGAGCAGAUUCUGAAAGAAGUUAAGGACAGUGAUUUCAUUGCCAUCCAGGCCGACGAGACAACGGACAUUAGUACCGUGACCCAACUGGUGCUAGUGCUGCGUUACAUCGACAGCAAAAUGAACGUGCAGGAACGAUUCUUCGAAUUCAUUCCCCUGCAGUCAUCAACAGCCGUGAACAUUGCCACAGAGCUGAAAGAACGCCUUUCCAUAAUCCUUCCCGAUCAAAAAGAAAAAGAAAAACUCAUCUGCCAAGCUUAUGAUGGAGCGAGCGUAAUGAGAGGUGCCACUGGUGGUGUUCAGAAGCGAAUAAAAGAGGACUACCCAAAUGCGCACUACAUCCACUGCUACGCGCACCAGUUGAACUUGAUCAUGGAACAAGCCACCAGUCACAUUUCUAAAGUAAGGAACUUUUUUUCGGACCUUGGUGGCUUUGCCAGUUUUUUUUCAAGAUCACCCAAGAGGACCAGUGUAUUGGAUGAAAUGGUUUCCCGCAGGCUGCCAACUUCCAGCAAGGUCAGGUGGAACUUUCACAGCCGCGCUGUCAACACGGUGUUUGAACACAGAGAGGAUCUCAUCAAAUGUUUCCAUGCCAUACGAGACUCGGGAGACUUCGAUGAAAUCACCGUGAGAGAGGCAGGAGCAUAUGCAAGGAUCCUGGAAGACCCAGACUUCAGGUUCUUCCUGCAACUUUUUCACCAGAUCAUGCCCCUUGUAGACACUCUCUAUGCCAGGCUACAGAAGAGGAGCAUCGACUCAGUGUACAUUAAGAGAUGCAUCCAAAGAUUCCAGGAGGACAUACAGAAGAUCAGAGAUUCUCUCCAUGCCAUGACAGUGGAGCACAGCAGUCUAUCCCUGCAAUCAAGAAAACGUGUGGCUCUCUCUUCAGAGGAUCACCAACGAAUUGCAGCUGAAGUCUGUGAUACCAUCCUGGGGCACACCAGAGAGAGGUUCCAGUUCACAGACCAUCUCAUCUGUGCAACCCUCCUGCAGUGCGAUCGGUUUGAAGAUUAUCAAGUGGAUUUUCCAGAGGAGGCUCUUAAAACCACAGUGAAGGCUUACCCUGUCCUUGACAGCAGCAGGCUGAAGACAGAGCUAGAACUCCUCUACAGCAACGAGGAAUUCAGAGCGUGUAGUGGUGCGGUGGACUUCCUCCAAUUCUUUAUGGAGAACAACUUGGGGGAGCUUUUUUCAGAGACGGUAACCCUUUUGAAAAUACUUGUCACCACACCAAUGACGACAGCAGAAGCAGAGAGGUGCUUCUCGACUCUUAAGCGAGUGAAAACAUUCCUGAGAAACACAAUGUCGCAAGAUCGCCUCAACGCACUGGCUACCCUGUCUAUGGAGAGGGCCAUAGUGACAGAGAUGACUGACUUUAACGUUAAAGUCAUUGACACAUUUUCAAAUUUAAAAGAGAGAAGGGCCAAGUUCCUCUACAAGUAGCACUUAAGCAUUUAAGCACUUUUGUUUGUGUGUGUGUGUGUGUGUGUGUGUGUGUGUGUGUGUGUGUGUGUGUGUGUGUGUGUGUGUGUGUGUGUGUGUGUGAGAGAGAGAGAGAGAGUCAGUGAGAGAGAGAGAGAGAGAGAGAGAGAGAAUGAGAGAAUGAGAGAAAGAGUGUGUGUGUGAUCCGAAUACAUCAAAUACAUGUAAAUGUAUCCACUUUUCAUUACAUAAAAUUUUCACUUUGUAUUUCUAAUUUUCUGACUACCUGUGUUUCUUUCAAUAGUUAUUUGAAUGCACUGUCUUGAGCAGGUCAAGCUGAACAGGUUACCCCAAAAUACACCAGAAUGCAGGAAAUUGCAUCCUAGAAAUCCAAAAUUUUCUGGGGGGGGGCCCCCAGACCCCCCGCAAGGGAAUAGUCGCAAUAUUAAUUUCAUAGCUGAAAGUGUGCCCUACCUAAUA